CGCACAGUUAUCUUCUCCACGGCUCGGAUCAUCAAGGUUAUUUACAUGAAUUCAAAAUCAGCCGACCAGUGAUCGCUGGAAGCUGGGGAUUGAGUCUUUCAGUUUUUAACCCCACACGCUGACAUGGAGGGCUUUCUACGUAGCAGCUUUUUACUGAGCAGAGUCAUGUCUUCCAAGCAAGCCACGUCUCCUUUCGCCUCCGUGGUUGAUGGGGAUGAUGCCAUGAGUCAGGAGCACUUGUCUUGGGAGAAAGAGGACAGUGCCGAGGCCCAUGGCACACCACAGCUGCCCCUGCACAGUCUGCUGCACGGAAAAGCCCAUCCCGAUGAAAUGCAGCCGCUCAGCAGCGUACCGCCAGAGAGCGACUGGGACAGCUUGGUGUCAGCCCAACAGCGUAUGGAAUCUGACAGCAAUAAAGUAUGUUCCCUGUACUCCUUCCGGAACAAUUCUACUUCCCCACACAAGCCGGAGGAGGGGGCCCGGGAGCGAAGCGACCUGCUGAGCGGAUCAGCGUUUGGAACUCCGGAGCGCCGCAAAGGAAGCCUGGCAGAUGUAGUGGACACGCUGAAGCAGAAGAAGUUGGAGGAGAUGACAAAGACAGAGCAAGACGAAUCCUCAUGCAUGGAGAAACUUCUCUCUAAAGACUGGAAAGAAAAGAUGGAGAGGCUCAACACCAGUGAACUUUUGGCAGAAGUAAAAGGGACUCCAGAGAGCCUGGCAGAAAAGGAACACCAGCUCUCCACAAUGAUCACCCAGCUGAUCAGCCUGCGAGAGCAGCUUCUGGCUGCCCACGACGAACAGAAGAAACUCGCCGCCUCACAGAUGGAGAAACAGAGGCAGCAAAUGGAGUUAGCUCGUCAGCAGCAGGAGCAGAUUGCAAGACAACAGCAGCAGCUUCUGCAGCAGCAGCACAAAAUCAACCUCCUCCAGCAGCAGAUCCAGGUCCAGGGUCACAUGCCUCCGCUCAUGAUCCCCAUUUUUCCACACGACCAACGCACUCUGGCAGCAGCCGCCGCCGCCCAGCAAGGCUUUCUCUUCCCUCCGGGAAUGUCUUAUAAGCCAGGUGAUAACUACCCGGUGCAGUUCAUUCCAUCCACAAUGGCAGCUGCAGCAGCGUCAGGACUCAGCCCCCUUCAGCUUCAGCAACUGUAUGCCGCCCAGCUUGCCAGCAUGCAGGUCUCUCCUGGAGCCAAGAUGCCUCCACUCCCCCAGCCCCUCAAUGCAAGUGGGCCCAUUUCUCCCUCCUCUCUGAAGAAUGACAAGAGUUCCUCCAGCCCCAUCACUCAAGUCAAGGAGGAAGGAACACAGCCGCUCAACCUGUCUGCUCGGCCAAAGACGACAGAACUGGUCAAAUCCCCCACAUCCCCGACACAAAACCUGUUCCCUGGCAGUAAAAACAGCCCUAACAGUCUCAUCGGCAAGGGUGGUAUCCCCAGCCCACUCGGAGGAGGCCUGGGACGGGGCUCAUCUCUGGAUAUUCUGUCAAGCCUAAACUCUACCGCGCUGUUCGGGGACCAGGACACAGUGAUGAAGGCCAUCCAGGAGGCUCGGAAAAUGAGGGAGCAGAUCCAGAGGGAACAGCUGCAACAUCACCAGCAGGGCAUGGAGGCCAAGCUGUCCGCCCUCAGUUCAGUGGGCCUCAACAACUGCAGAGUUGACAAGGAGAGGGCGCAUUUUGAGAGCAUUGGGCACCACCUCGGCAAGCUGGGUGAGGAAGGGAAGAUCGGCCACAGAGUUAUUGACCUCACCAGGCCAGAGGAUCUAGAUGGAGGCGCUGGAUCUACUGAGGCCCGAGUCUUCAGGGAAUCUCGAGGAAGGAACAACAACGAACCCCACAUUAAAAGGCCGAUGAAUGCAUUCAUGGUGUGGGCCAAGGAUGAGCGGCGCAAGAUCCUCCAGGCCUUUCCCGACAUGCACAACUCCAACAUAAGCAAGAUUUUGGGUUCUCGGUGGAAGGCCAUGUCUAACCAGGACAAGCAGCCAUACUAUGAGGAGCAGGCCCGUCUGAGUAAGCUCCACCUAGAGAAGUACCCAAACUACAAGUACAAGCCGCGGCCUAAGAGGACCUGCAUUAUUGACGGAAAAAAACUCCGCAUUGGAGAGUACAAGCAGAUGAUGCGCUCACGGCGACAAGAGAUGAGGCAGUUCUUCACUGUGGGACAGCCACCACAGAUUCCCAUCACUACCAGCGCCAGUAUGGUCUAUCCCGGGGCCAUCACCAUGGCGACCACCACACCCUCACCUCAGAUGACAUCAGAGUGCUCGAGUGCCUCAGCAAGUCCUGAGCCAUCCAUUCCUGUCAUUCAGAGCACCUACAACAUGAAGCUAGAGCCCAAUACAAUGGCAAACAACAGCGAGCCGGUCAAUGGCGAGGAUGAGAUGGACAUGUACGAGGAUUUUGAGGACGAGCCCAAAUCAGACUAUAGCAGUGAAAAUGACACACAAGAGCCAGUCAGCGCCAACUGAGACCUCUUUAAUCGAAGAGGCCAAUGCAGACACAACACUCAUACAGGACGACGCCCAGAGGGUUGGCCUGAUCUGAG